AUCUCGCGAGGGGGAGUAAACAGACCACAUCACUUCCGUUCUUUUCUACAACAGUAAAAUCAUGGCGUCUGCUGGAGAGGUUUCAGCAUCGGUAAGUGAAUCUGAACUGUCCUUUCAGAGCACUGCUGCCCAGAAAAGGGAAGAACGGUUAAGAAAAUUCAGAGAGCUUCACUUUAAAAGGAAUGAAGCCCGGAAGCUUAACCAUCAAGAAGUUGUGGAAGAAGACAAAAGACAGAAACUACCUACAAACUGGGAAGCAAAGAAAGCACGCCUAGAAUGGGAACUAGCUGAAAAUGAAAAGAAAAAGGAGUGUGCUGCAAAAGGGGAAGAUUAUGAAAGAGUGAAACUUAUGGAAAUCAGUGCAGAUGAUGCUGAUAGAUGGGAAAGAAAGAAAAAGAAGAAAAAUCCAGAUCCAGGUUUUUCAGAUUAUGCAGCCGCUCAGUUGCGUCAGUACCAGAGGCUCACCAAGCAGAUUAAGCCAGACAUGGAAGAGUAUGAACGUCAAAGAGAAGAGUGUGGUGAAGAUUUUUAUCCUAGUGCAAACAGCCUGCUACAUGGAACACAUGUUCCUUCAGUGGAGGGAAUUGACAGGAUGGUAGCUGAUGUGGAAAAACAGAUCGAGAAGAGAGGAAAAUACAGCCGGCGAAGGGCUUACAAUGAUGAUGCAGAUAUCGAUUAUAUUAAUGAGAGGAAUGCUAAAUUCAACAAGAAGGCUGAAAGGUUCUAUGGAAAAUAUACAGCAGAAAUCAAGCAGAAUUUGGAAAGAGGCACUGCUGUCUAAUCUUUUGGACUCAUUUAAUUAGUAUUCUGUUCUGUAAAGUUUAGAACUGUACAAGUUCAGUUUUGUAUUUUGUUUGCUCCAGCAGAUAGAAACUUGCUCAACUAUACAGUCUCCCCAUUUAUGUUGUAAAUGAAUUAUGGUUUAGCAGUUUUUUGGGUCAUACUAUACAGUCUCCCCAUUUAUGUUGUAGAUGAAUUAUGGUUUAGCAGUUUUUUGGGUCUUGUAUGAAUAUCUUAUUUCUCCCAAAUACAAUUUUGUUACAGAAAUUG